AUGGAGUUCAACGACAACGCCUUAUUCAGCACGGGCUUCCAAGACACAACUCUUACUGUGAAGCCAAAGAGGAUCAUCAUCUGCUGUGACGGGACAUGGCAAUCUUCCGUGUCCAACAUCACCAAUAUUCCCUCGAACGUGACCCGACUAGCCCGUUAUCUUACCAAAGCCGGCCGUGACAAGGAUGGAAACGAAUGGGAACAACUCGUCUUCUACGACGCCGGGAUCGGCACGGGUGUGUCCACGCUGGAAGCGAAGCGCGAAGGCGGCACGGGGUCCGGCUUUGUGGGGAACGUCAUUGAAGCCUACAAUUUCAUAGUCUUGAACUACAAUCUGGGCGAUCAGAUCUUCUGUCUCGGGUUCUCCCGCGGUGCAUACACUGCUCGCGCUGUCGCUGGUCUCGUCACUGACAUCGGCGUCAUCCAACCGAGAGACAUGCAGGAUUUCCCAGAGCUUUACCGGCUGUAUCAGGCUCAUGGGGAUAGUCAUAUGUUCAGGAAGUCUCAGGCGUGGCGAGAGUGGGUUGAAGGAAAGCCCCUAUUUGACCCCUCCCAAAAUGACGUUCCUCCAGAAUGGAAACAGUCGCCAUUUGCAUGGGAGAAGAGGCCUCACGCCUCGGCUCUCGAAUCGUCUCGAUGGGUUGAGGCAGUUGGCGUCUUCGACACUGUCGGCGCUCUUGGGAUCCCCAAAGUGGUGGGCAUUAAAGGAGCAAUUUUGAAUCCGGUGAUACAGUGGGGCAAGCGUUGGGUUCCCGUGGAGAAUGCUGGCUUCCACAACGUCGGUCUCAGUCCCUAUAUCAAGCAUGCGUAUCAUGCCAUGGCUCUCGAUGAGCACCGCAAGCCCUUCAGUCCAACGCUGUGGCACUUCCUCGAAAGCGAUACGACUUCGAAGCCGGAAGUUUCUAGUGCCGGUUUGAGAGAGGCCUGGCAAAAGCUUCACACGAAUGACCAGGCAACAGAUGUUGAGCUUGACAAGGCCUGGCACGAACUGGUCGAUGCCGAAAUACGUGAAGAGCUCAAGGGUCACCGUUCCACUCUUCUUCAAGUCUGGUUUCCAGGAGUACAUAUCAAUGUUGGCGGCGGAAGCGAUGAAAUGCUAACCAAGAAGAGGGAUGACUUCGAACAGAUCGCCAUGGUCACGCUCAGUUGGAUGGUUGAGCAACUACGACACCAUCUCUCCUUCGAGCUCAGCCUCAACAGCCUCAUGAUAUGGGAUCGAUUCCAGCUCAUCAGGCCAGUGAUCAGCGAUCUGCUUCAGAACAACGGCUCGCACUGGCUGAAAACGGAGGUCAAGGCUCGUCUCGCCAAAGAACCAAAGACAGAUCUAUGGAACGACAGCAACAAAACAAGAUCCCUGAAUAUCGCGGCCGAGGUCCUCAAAGGCUGGGCAACGGGUCCAAUAAUCGAUAGCUUCGAGGGAGACAUGAAGGACGCAGGCACACUCACGAGAACCCCAGGUGACUACAGAGAUCGCAGCCCAGGACAGUCCAAGGCGUUCAGGCUAGGGGCAACGAAUGAACAAAUCCAUCCCACCGUCGCAUACAGGAUGGAGAAGCUUGGCAGCAAGUAUAGGCCGGAGGCACUCGCGGGCUUCAAGCGCCAGUUGAAAAAGGACAGCAACGGCAAGGUCACAUACGAGUGGGUGAAAGACAGCAUCCGCAUUCCCGAGUACAAAAUCGGGCCGGAAAUGUCGGACAAGAAUGUCGUCCCAGGUCUCGAUGAAAGUACCGAGGUGCUGAAAAGGGACGACACGCUUGAUCAAUUCGAACGGUUGCUCCUCUCGGGUGAUCGGUCUGCUGUGGCUUUCCUCGGCCGUGUCGACAAGGCGUAUGGCCUUGAUUCCUGGGCGGCGAGAGCAUUGGAUCCGCAACCCGAGGCUGCCCCGGUGGGGCAUGAAAAUGUUGGAUUUCAGCCCAAUAAUUCAUUUUGA